AUGGCCCGCAAGAAGCUAUACCGGCCCAUCGCCGCUAUGGCCAAGAAGAUCCGUGAGUACCGGGCGCUGAAGAACCGCCCGCGGGAUUCCCAGCGUUUCGCCCUGGACUACGAGACCAUGCAGCGGCCCCUGACGCAGAAGCGGCUGCCGGUGCGGGCCUGGGAGGACGUGCGAAACGAGAACCGGCUCUUCUCGCUGCUCUGCCGCCUGCCGCGCUUCGGAGUGGGGCGCACCGUCACCCGCAAGUCCUGGCUGUGGGAGUACGACGAGCCCUGCUACUGGGUCAUCACCAAGGUGAAGGUGGACUACACGGCCGAGAACAUGGAUCAUGGAAGAGCUUGGGGAUACCUGACCUUCAGAGGCAAAACUGAAGAAGAAGUGAAAGAGAUUGACAAAGUCAUGUACCACGACUGGCGGAUGGUGCCCAAGCAUGAGGAGGAGGCCUUCAAGAAAUUCACCCCAGUGAUGGAGGAGACCAUUCGGUACCUUCCAUACCCACCUCUGCUCCGAGCCAUGAUCCUUGCACAGUGGCAGAAAGAGGGAAAGCCAAUCACAGAGGAGCCAAUGCUUGAUCUGGAGAAGAUCAUGGGUACAAAGAGAAGAACUGUAGGCACACCAGUAUAAAUACUUGUCCUGAGCUUCCCAUGUGCUGUUAGAAGAUCAGCAUCUUACAGAAGAUCCCCAUGUCCACUGUGGUAUGGUAUAUCCAGGUUUCAUGGCUUCCUCCCCAGCCCUAAACAUCCUCAUCUGAAAGGAGAGAUGCAGAUAUGUUCAGGGCUUUUUCUCUGUAACUCUGGCCUCAGGCAGCAGAGGAACCUUCUUGUUUCCCUGCAUAGUCUCUGAAUGCACAGCUCCGGUCAUCCAGCUGCAGUUCUUUGAAUGCACAGUUUCCCUUACAGCUUGAAAACAACAUUUUUAAAGAACAUUCUUCAGGUAAUUUGCAUCCUACAUGAAUCACAGAAAAACGGCUGAGAACACCACAUCAUUUCACAGAGAUAUGUAGAGAUGUUAUCCAAUGAAAAUAAACAUUUUCUUAU